AUUGGAGGGCGCUUUCUCAGUCAUGUUGGUGCGGUCUGUCCUCGGUGUGUGCAAUGCCGUCUUGUCUUUCUCUAGCCUUGUACCCUCGGCGUUUGCGUACAGUGCCACCACCAUCCCUUCUAUUACUUCCUUCGUCACCAACACAACUCGGGAACCGUUCGGUCUUGAUCCAUACACUCAAAUAGUCGUCGAUUCUCGAUAUGCAGACCAUGGCUCUCCAUCUCUCUCCACGUUUGCCCAAACUUUCCGUUCGGACCUGGUAGACAUAACCGGAUACACCCUUUUGCCGCAGGUACAAGUCGCAUCAGAGCCUGAAGAUAACUCCAGUCGUCCCACCAUCUUCCUUAUUCUGGACUCGACCCCAAACUUUACGCUAUACAACGGGAAGGACACCGAUGAAGGUUAUCUUUUUGAGGUUUCGCGCGAGAAGUACGUUAUCUCGGGCGCCGCGCCCAUAGGUACAUGGUGGGGUACCAGAACGUUGCUACAACAGCUUGUCGCGGCCGAGAACGGCACCAGCUUCUCAAUCCCUGCAGGUUCCGGGAGGGACAACCCAGGAUGGGAGAUCCGUGGGUGGAUGUUGGACACCGGCAGGCACUGGUAUGAGACGAGUUUUCUCUCCGACUUGUGUAUCUAUGCGUCGUUCUUCAAAAUAAACGAGUUCCACAUACAUGCGUCCGAUAACCUUUGGAUACCUCAGAUCCUCUACGGGCUGGACUGGCGCACACUCUACUCAGGGUUCCGCUUCCAGCCGCCUGAUGGCUCACCAGUGUACGACCUCGUUCCCAGGCGUAACGAGUGCUGGUCUCAAACCGACUUUAUGCAGAUGCAGUCGACAUGCGCUGCUCAUGGCGUCACCAUUGUCCCAGAAAUCGACACGCCGGGACACUCGCUCGUUCUCUCGCAAUGGAUUCCUGCCUUGAUGCUCAAUGGGACGCCAGACAGCCUCAACCUGUCAUACCCAGAGACUAUCCCAACCAUCAAGUCAAUAUGGCAGCAGUUCCUGCCCUGGUUUUCGUCCUCGCAAGUCUCCAUCGGCGCCGAUGAGUAUAGCGCCAGCCUUGCCGACGAGUACAUCUCGUUCGUAAACGACAUGUCGGAUUAUGUUGGGUCCGAGAGCAACAAGUCGGUCCGCAUAUGGGGCACGUACGAGCCGAGCAAUACCUCCUCCGUCUCAAAGGAAAUCACUAUCCAACACUGGGACUUUCCAGACGGCGACAUUCCCCUUCAGCUUCUUCGCUCCGGGUAUGGAGUCAUCAACUCCGAGCAGGCGUUUCUAUACUUGGACGGCAAGAUCCCAGCCGAAGGCGGCUUCCCCCAGUCGCUCAACGAGACGCUGCUAUGGUCCGGCGCACCAGGCGGAGCAGGCUGGGCGCCGAACAUCUUCACCACCGACGAUGCCACGAACAACACCACACCCGACGAUCCGAACCUCCGCGGAGCCAUAUUCGCGCUGUGGAACGACUGGGGCCCAAACGCCACCACGCCGUUGGAAACGUAUUACCAGCUCGCGCGGAGCAUCGCUUUGUUCGCGGAGAAGACAUGGGCCGGCUCGGGCGUCCGCAGCACGGAGCUGACACAGGCGCAGUUCGACGUGCUUUACCCGGUGAUGAAUGCAAAGGCGCCAGGGCAGAACCUCAAUAGGGUCGUCGAUACUCAGUACAGCGACAUCGUGUACCAGUAUGACAGUAUCCCUUCAUAUCCCUUCGACACGCAAGUUUCGUCCGUCGGUCCGCCUUACACCCUCACUUUCAGCGUCCAGCUAGGACCGCAGGCCAACCCGAGCGACAUCUCGCAAAGUGUCCUCUUCUCUGGCAUUGACUCCACACUGUACGCCUCCAGCCUCACCAUGGAGUCGAACGCAGAGUUCUAUCCGACCACGUUCACCUUCCCAGCUGGCGUUUUUACGUCUGUUACGAUCAAGGCGACGCGCGAGUACACGUACGCAGAGGUGCAGCCGGAAGGGGAGGGAAAGGAGACGUAUUGGUGGACUACGACUCUUAAUAUAUGGGGCGACUACCUAACAACGGCCAACAUGUCGUUUGCCGCUCCCGCGCAGUACGUGGGCUGUCAGGGCUUCGAGGGUACUAUACGGAAUGUUACGCUUAAAUUAGGAGUUUGACGUUUAGGAUUAGUCGUAAUGCCGAACAGACACUUCCCUUCUGAAGUUACCAAGAAAUAUUAGGGAAAUCGUCAGCCUACUGGAAGAUAUCGAUGGCCCUUCAUAGUAAAACUCAGACCAACGCUGGCCAGAAAUAAUACGUCACCCUAAAGAUCAGAGCAGUAGCAACUUU